UUGACGUCAGCGUUCUCUUCCGCCGUCGUCGCCGCCAUCCUCGGCGCGACUAACCUUACUCGGAUCUGCCCGGUAGAAUCCACCGCCAUCCGUCACCAUGGUGAACUUCACAGUAGACCAGAUCCGGGCCAUCAUGGACAAGAAGGCUAAUAUCCGAAACAUGUCCGUCAUUGCCCACGUGGACCAUGGCAAGUCCACUCUGACGGACUCAUUGGUGUGCAAGGCUGGUAUCAUCGCCUCCGCCCGGGCUGGGGAGACCCGCUUCACUGACACCCGGAAGGAUGAGCAGGAACGUUGCAUCACUAUCAAAUCAACGGCCAUUUCCCUCUUCUAUGAGCUCUCAGAGAAUGACUUGAAUUUCAUCAAGCAGAGCAAAGAUGGCUCUGGCUUCCUUAUCAACCUCAUUGAUUCACCUGGGCACGUGGACUUCUCCUCAGAGGUGACAGCAGCUCUCCGUGUCACCGAUGGUGCCUUGGUGGUGGUGGACUGUGUGUCAGGUGUGUGCGUGCAGACAGAGACAGUGCUGCGCCAGGCUAUUGCUGAGCGCAUCAAGCCUGUGCUGAUGAUGAACAAGAUGGACCGGGCCCUGCUCGAGCUGCAGCUGGAGCCCGAGGAGCUCUACCAGACCUUCCAGCGCAUUGUGGAGAAUGUUAAUGUCAUCAUUUCCACCUAUGGAGAGGGCGAGAGUGGCCCCAUGGGCAACAUCAUGAUUGAUCCUGUCCUUGGUACUGUUGGCUUUGGGUCUGGUCUCCACGGUUGGGCCUUCACCCUGAAGCAGUUUGCAGAGAUGUACGUUGCCAAGUUUGCCGCCAAGGGCGAGGGCCAGUUGGGGCCUGCUGAGCGGGCCAAGAAGGUGGAGGACAUGAUGAAAAAACUAUGGGGAGACCGGUACUUUGAUCCAGCCAAUGGUAAAUUCAGCAAGUCAGCCACCAGCCCUGAUGGCAAGAAGUUGCCGAGGACCUUCUGCCAGCUCAUCUUGGACCCUAUCUUCAAGGUGUUUGAUGCCAUCAUGAAUUUCAAGAAAGAGGAGACAGCAAAACUGAUUGAAAAACUAGACAUCAAAUUGGACAGUGAAGAUAAGGACAAAGAAGGCAAACCACUUCUGAAGGCUGUGAUGCGCCGCUGGCUGCCCGCCGGGGAUGCGCUGCUACAGAUGAUCACCAUCCACUUGCCCUCCCCGGUGACAGCCCAGAAGUACCGCUGUGAGCUCCUGUAUGAGGGGCCUCCGGACGACGAGGCAGCCAUGGGCAUUAAAAGCUGUGACCCCAAAGGCCCACUUAUGAUGUACAUUUCCAAAAUGGUGCCGACCUCCGACAAAGGUCGGUUCUAUGCCUUCGGCCGGGUCUUCUCAGGGCUGGUGUCUACCGGUCUGAAGGUCAGGAUCAUGGGGCCCAACUACACCCCUGGGAAGAAGGAGGACCUGUACCUGAAGCCAAUCCAGAGGACAAUCCUUAUGAUGGGCCGCUACGUGGAGCCCAUUGAGGACGUGCCUUGUGGGAACAUCGUGGGCUUGGUGGGCGUGGACCAGUUCCUGGUGAAGACAGGAACCAUCACCACCUUUGAGCACGCCCACAACAUGCGAGUGAUGAAGUUUAGCGUGAGCCCUGUUGUCAGGGUCGCUGUGGAGGCCAAGAACCCGGCUGACCUGCCCAAGUUGGUGGAGGGCCUGAAGCGGCUGGCCAAGUCAGAUCCCAUGGUGCAGUGCAUCAUUGAGGAGUCUGGGGAGCACAUCAUCGCAGGGGCUGGAGAGCUACACCUAGAGAUCUGCCUGAAGGACCUGGAGGAGGACCACGCCUGCAUUCCUAUCAAGAAAUCUGACCCAGUUGUCUCUUACCGUGAGACUGUCAGUGAGGAGUCAAAUGUGCUCUGCUUGUCUAAGUCCCCCAACAAGCACAACAGGCUAUACAUGAAAGCAAGGCCUUUCCCUGACGGCCUGGCUGAAGACAUCGACAAGGGAGAGGUGUCUGCCCGCCAGGAACUCAAGCAGCGGGCCCGCUACCUAGCUGAGAAGUACGAGUGGGAUGUGGCUGAGGCCCGCAAGAUCUGGUGCUUUGGCCCUGAUGGCACUGGCCCCAACAUCCUCACUGACAUCACCAAGGGUGUGCAGUACCUCAACGAGAUCAAGGACAGUGUGGUGGCUGGCUUCCAGUGGGCCACCAAAGAGGGGGCGCUGUGUGAGGAGAACAUGCGGGGUGUGCGAUUCGAUGUCCACGAUGUGACACUGCACGCCGACGCCAUCCACCGUGGUGGUGGCCAGAUCAUCCCCACUGCCCGGCGCUGCCUUUAUGCCAGUGUGCUGACUGCCCAGCCAAGGCUCAUGGAGCCCAUCUACCUUGUGGAGAUCCAGUGUCCAGAACAAGUGGUUGGUGGCAUUUAUGGUGUCCUGAACAGGAAGCGGGGCCACGUCUUUGAGGAGUCCCAGGUGGCUGGUACCCCCAUGUUUGUUGUGAAGGCUUACUUGCCUGUCAAUGAAUCCUUUGGCUUUACUGCUGACCUGAGAUCCAACACAGGCGGCCAGGCCUUUCCCCAGUGUGUGUUCGACCACUGGCAGAUCCUGCCCGGGGACCCCUUCGACAACACCAGUCGCCCCAGCCAGGUGGUGGCAGAGACACGCAAGCGCAAAGGCCUGAAGGAAGGUAUUCCGGCCCUGGACAACUUCCUGGACAAAUUGUAGGCGGCUUCCCAGCAGCCUGCUGCCCAGUGGGACUGGCGCAGCCCCCGCGCCCAGGGACAGGUGACCACAGCAACAAGCCCCCCACAUUCUCCACGACACCUUGAGACUGUCCAGACUCAGAAAUGCUCUGCCUGACAGGUUUCUGGGGCCCACUUCGUGCCAUCACUCAACAUGAACACUUGAUGCCGUUUCUUUCAAUAUUUAUUUGUAGAUUUCAGAGGCAACAGAAGUGCCCUCACAGCAGGGACUUAUCUGGCUGUUGGGGGUGAGGGAAGGGAUGGGGGACACCCAACACUUUGUUUCAUAAGAGGAAAAUUCAUAUCCAAAAAAAAAAGUUGAAAAUAAACGCAUUAAGAGGUUUAUUUGGGUAAAUGGCCCAUAGUGGAUUUUCCUCCAUAAAGGGGGAAGAAACAGGCAGGUAGAUGUUCUCUUUGGACAGAAACUAGAAGGCAGGAAAUCCUGUGCAGUGUCACCAUGAGCACCUCCAACUGUAUUAGUGCCAUUGGAAUAAUAAAUUUGAUAUGGUGGUGA